GUCAUUAUGGGCAAGAGUUAAACUGGAAUUCGAGCCAGGUCCUUCUGCAUAAAGACUUCUUAUACUCGGGACAUAACUGAAGUUGAUCGCAGUCCAUGUGAAACAAGGCUUUGAGGAGUUUGGUGUUGAGAAGUGAAUUGAUUCUCUGGAGUAUUAGAUCUGCACUGUUGGCUACUGUAGGUGUUCAUCUCCAAACAAGGGACUUCAAGCAAGACCAAGAGAAUGCUCGAUAUAUUAUUUGUGAUGAUAUUUGGACUGUCAGGUCGUGUUCUGGCGAAAGAUACAGACCCAAAAGGAAAGUUCAGUUCCCCAAUGUUGGAUGUUACUGAGAAGCAUCUUAUCAUAGAGACAAACCAGACACUUCAGCUCAACUGCAGGGGACGCUGGGAGCUUCAGUGGGUUUUGCCAUCAAGUGUUCCAAUAGUCUAUCAUGGCACCCAGAUAAAAGAAUCUCGUUGUGGGAAGAAAAAUAAGCAGUACUGUAGCCAUCUAACACUGAGUCCUGCUUUAGCUCAACACACUGGCUCUUACCGCUGCAGGUACCGUCAAAAGCAGCGCAAACCGGCCUCUGUGUACGUCUUUAUCACAGAUAUCCACCGGCCAUUCGUGAAGGUGCAGUCUGAGAUCCCAGACGUGGUGUACAUUAAGGAAGGAGAGCCUUUAAUCUUCCCCUGCCGGGUCACACAUCCCGAUGCCAAAGUGUCAUUGGUCAAGUUUCCUUUACACCGGUUGAUCCCCGAUCACAGAAGCAUCACCUGGAACAGCAAGCACGGUUUCACCGUCCGUAGCCCCACAUUCUUCUACAUUGGACUUUUUUUUUGCGAGACUAUCGUCAAUGGGGUCAAAUACACUAACAAAUUCUUGACCCACAGGCCUGUGAAUAAGAUCAUGGAUGUGUAUUUGAACAGCACAGGUUUGGUGCACACUUUACAAGGGGACAUGUUAGUGCUGAACUGCACCGUAACCGCCGAAUGGAACUCUAGAGUGUCCAUAAGCUGGACUUACCCCGGGAAGGCUAAUGGCUCUGGCACUGUCAUCAGACGCAUAGCGAAUAGCCAAACCAACAUUCUGUUCUACAGCAUUCUCACCAUCCCCAGACUAAGCAAAUCAGACAGAGGACUUUACAAAUGUCACGUGACAAGUGGUCCAUCCAAGAGAGACACAAAUACAACAGUCAUUGUCUAUGACAAGCCUUUCAUUCGACUCAAGCACAAAAAUGGCUCUGUGGUUCAGGUUUCCGCGGGACAGAAAUCUUUCCGUCUUAGCCCAAAACUAAAGGCCUUCCCUGCACCAGAAAUCAUCUGGUUGAAGGAUGCGAUGGUGGCUUCCGAGCAGUGUUCUCGUUACCAUGUUGAUGGGUAUUCGCUGGUCAUCCGGGAUGUUGCUGAAGAGGAUGCAGGACUCUACACCAUCCUCACUGGAAUCCAGCAGUAUGGACUUUUUCAAAACCUCACAAUCACAGUGAGGGUAAACGUGAAGCCACAGAUUGCAGAGAAGAGCGUGUCCUCACAACAGACUGCGACCGUCCAGCGAGGCAUUAAACGAGCCAUCCACUGCACCUCUUACGGAGUUCCGGCCCCCCAAAUUACGUGGCUGUGGCAACCGUGCCCUCCGAAAGGCCUAUGCGAGAAUCCUCCUCCUUCCUCCUGGAUUGCAGUCGGUGAGAAGACAGAAGUCACGUCCACCCACAAUCCCAUCCUGACCAUCAGCAACAGACAGGAAGUGUUGCAGGGGAAGAAUAAGACUGUAGGAGUUUUAACAGUGGGUGAAGCAUUGAUAUCUGGGAUCUAUCGGUGCGUUGCUUCCAACUUCCUGGACAGAGAUCAACUAGACAUUUUAUUUUAUGUCACAGAUGUCAGGGGAGGCUUCGUUGCAUCUUUAGAGGAAGAGCCCAGAGAAGGGGGAGACCUUCGCUUGAUCUGUAUGGCCAAUAAGCACCUCUAUUCAGACCUGUCGUGGUAUAGAAUAACAAAUCAAUCCACAGCAUCAGAAGAACUUUCAGUUCUCAGAGGAGAGCUCACACAAGGGCAGUUCUCGCUCACCCUGCGCCUUCUGCUGAAGAAUGUGACCGCACAGGAUUCAGGAUUGUACCGCUGCUCCACCACAGACCUGCUUACAGGAGAACGUAUGAACCUUGAUACACCAGUAGAGGUCACAGUUUUGCGGGCUCCUGUGCUGCAACAAAAUCUGAGCGAUCACAAUGUAAAUGUCAGCAGCUCGGUCACUCUCCAUUGCCCCGCUCAAGGAGUUCCACAACCCCGUGUUGUAUGGUAUAAGGACCAGAGAAAACUCCAACAGGUGUCCGGCAUUAUGCUGUUUCCUGAGGAAGGAACUCUUCAUAUUGACCGAAUUACAGCUGAAGACCAGGGACUUUACACGUGUGAGGCAACCAAUGAGAGGGGGUCUGUGGAGAGCUCCGCCUACAUUUGGGUUCAAAGUUCUUCUGAUUCUCUGUCUCUGGAGAUCCCAACGCUGGCGUGUACAUGUGUUGUGGCCACUCUCUUCUGGCUGCUUCUCACACUGCUCAUUCGCAAACUCAAACAAUCAGACUCCAUGAAUGGGACAACAGAGUACCUGCCUAUCAUCCUGCACCCAGGGGAGGAGCCUCUGACCGAGCACUGUGAUAGGUUACAGUACGACCCAAACCAAUGGGAGUUCCCACGUGAACGCCUUAAACUAGAAAAGCCACUGGGGCGAGGGGCAUUUGGGCAAGUGAUGCAGGCCUCGGCUUUUGGAAUUCGCAAUCUAGCCAGCUGCACCACGGUGGCGGUCAAAAUGCUUAAAGAUGGCGCGACGCCCAGUGAACACAAGGCUCUUAUGACAGAACUGAAGAUCCUCAAUCAUAUCGGUCAUCACUUAAAUGUGGUCAAUCUUCUUGGCGCCUGCACCAAACCAGGAGGGCCUCUAAUGGUCGUAGUGGAGUACUGCAAGUUUGGGAACCUGUCUGCGUACCUUAAGAGCAAACGAGAGGUUUUUCUAUUGAACAGGGUGAAUACAGACGAAGAAGAGGACAGGACGGAGGAGGGAUGCCAUCCACGUCUGGUCAGUGUGUCCAGCAGCAGAAGCAAUGCCGGUUCAGGAUUAAACGAGGAGAGAGAAGAACACUCAGAAGAUGACAGUGAACCUCUUCCCGAAUCCGCCAGUCCUCUCCUGCUUGAGGACCUGAUUUCCUACAGCUUUCAGGUAGCCAGAGGAAUGGAGUUUCUUGCAACUCGCAAGUGCAUUCAUCGAGAUCUUGCAGCCAGAAACAUCUUGCUGUCUAACAACAACGUGGUGAAGAUCUGUGAUUUCGGCUUGGCCCGAGACGUGUACAAAGACCCUGACUAUGUGCGCAAAGGAGAUGCACGGUUGCCGUUGAAGUGGAUGGCUCCUGAAUCAAUCUUCGACAAGGUCUUCACUACUCAGAGCGAUGUGUGGUCCUAUGGCGUUCUUCUCUGGGAAAUCUUCUCACUUGGAGCAUCUCCGUAUCCAGGUGUAAAUAUUGAUGAAGAGUUUUGCCACAGACUGAAACAAGGAACACGAAUGUGUCCUCCUGAAUACAGCACCCCUGAGAUUUACAGCAUCAUGUGUGCUUGCUGGGAAAAUACCGCUGAAGAAAGACCCUCAUUUACAGCUCUAGUACAGAUACUGGGAGACCUUCUGCAGACCUGUGUCAGACAGGAUGGAAAGGACUAUAUUCCACUAAACACUUUUAUUUCUGGAGAAAGCAAUAUGGAGAAUUUGAAACAGAAAGACAGAAACCAGACUGCUUCUGGCUACAUGAAUGCGGGAAAAAUCAAAGCCAUGAGCACUUUUGAGGAAGACACACACAAAGAAAUAUGUGAUGACAACCAGUCAGACAGUGGAAUGAUCCUUCCAUCUGAAGAGUUAAUUCAGGUGAAAUGGAUGGACAGACUCAAAACCAAAAACAUCACCAGGUUCUUUUCCAAAGGUCAAAACCAUUGCACGAUGCUGCCUUGUAUGAAGAGCGCCCCCUGUCGUCAUAAAGACAACAUUCCUCAAGCUGCCCCUCAUGUGUGUUUCUCAGAAAGAUGCUGCUCUGCUCCACCAGACUACAAUGCUGCGGUCCUCUACCCCUGUUUCUAGCACACGUCAUCGUCACUGUAAACACCACAUCCGUUGGCAGGUUAAAAAUGCUGCUUAUAUUUUAGCUGAUUUGCAUUUUGUUCCUUAUAAUGCUGAAUAUAUGUCCGGUCAGACCAGGAUUUCUGAAUGCAUUCUCAUAGACUCCAAUUUCCAACUUCUCUUUUUGUCUGUUGCAGACGAAAGACAGAUUUAAAAUGACAUGAGGAAUGAAAUAUAAUUUUUGGGGUAAACUAUCCUUUUAAUGCAUUCAGCCACAUUUUACUUUUACAUGUGACAUUAAUUGAUCCCGAUUAUCUUUAAACUAUAUUAAAUCUAAAUGCGCCGUGAAAGCAAGGUUAAUCUAUACCUCUUGUCCACCUUUAAUUUUGUUUUAGUAGUUACUCAUGUAUAUCAUAAACUAAUGAAAUGCAUUUAAUAAAAUCACUGCUUAUAGGUACCAAAUGUUUAACUGUAGAGCAUCACACUCACAGGUCUUGUGCUGCAAAUGUCAUAUGCUGGAAAAUGUCACUGUAGACUGUUUUUAUUUACAUUCAAUACUUUAAUAGUAACCUGAAAAUAAAGCAAUCAUCUAUGGGGUAUGUAAAUGCUGAAAAUUGCUUAAAUUGAAAGUUUCAAGAAUCUUUGAAGAUGGCUGCUAAUACUUGAUUGCAUGCAAGUUAAAUUCUUGUAUUGAAAGUGUUUAAAGGAAAAAAUGCAAAGGCAAAAUAAAAUGCUGUCCAACUGAUUUAUAUUAAGUAUUAUAUCAUUCUUGGGGAGGUAAGGUUUGAUGAAACUGUUGGCUAAUGUGUGUGGCAGAUAGGCGGCACCAGGACUUGUAUACUUG